AUGCAAAGCAUUUUUCGUCUGCCAUGGUGUACGGAUCCUUCAGGCGACGAUAAGGCCAUGUUUCCCAAAAUGCGCCAACCACCUGUGGUCGACAUGUCCCUGCUCAGCAAACUCAAGCGCAAGCGAGCUGAUAGCCCGACUUUCGAACCUCUGCCUACCUUUGAUCACUCGAAACGCAUCAAGUUCACUGACGCUGACACUGAGCUCCCUCUGCCCGGAAGACGACAGAUCGAUACUCAGGUCAACAUGAAGAUUCCAGAGCCCAAGUCACACGAAUCUGCUAACCACGGUCCUCAACGUUCGAUGUCAAAUGUUCCACUGCUUACUCCGGAUGUGUCAUUCGUCACAGUUGCGUCUGCUGCCAAGCCAGAACAGCUUUCGGAGACUGACGACAAGCCUGAAAUUGUCGAGGGUACGAACGAAUCACAGUUGCAAGACGUUCUCGAACAUCAGUUCAAUCUCGAAAUCUUACUCAAACAUCGCGAACUUCGACUCAUCGAGCAAGAGCUUGCCAAAUGCCAGACAGCACUCGAGCAAUUACGGAGAUGUGAGGUCAUCCCGUACCCUGGAGCUUCUGGUCUCUCUGAGUCUCUUUCUUCUGGCACUGGACCUGCUUUGAGGGCUCAAUCUGGAUUUACCCAACCACAAGCACCAGCUCCGUGGGGUGUCACUGACGGCCCGUACACUAGACACUAUGCGAAAUGGCUUCUCAACGACCCGACCUUCGACUCGUUGCCGUUCAGUCAUGUCGUGCCGGCAAUGGACAACUACGCAAUACAGCCUGAGGGCCGCUCUACUCGUAACAGUGGCGCAGGUAUUGGCAAGACUGGCAGAUCACGCUCUACACGCGAUUCGUUCGGUAAUCUCAACUCGGCAUUGCCCAACUACCCCGCUCAGUCCCGUGGUAAGCAGGGUCCCUUGGUCAUAAGAAGACUAGCCGACAACCUAUUCGUCAAGUUGGUCUGCAACAACUGUCAGCGAUGCGAUUUCUCUAGUGUCCAAGGAUUCUUGAACCACUGCCGUAUAGCGCACAAGGUCGAUUACAAGAGCCACGAAGCUGCGGCUUUGGAUUGCGGAAAGCCACUGGAGGAGGACGAGACCCAUCUGAUUCCUCAUGGAGCUCCCACAGCAACAUCCGGUGCACCAAAACCGCAGCAGGCUCCUAAACCCGCUAUAUCGCAAGCUAUGCCCCCUCCACCCGCUGGCUUCGUUCAUCCUCUGAAUGUGCAAGUCCUGCCGCGCUUUACGUGGAAAAGACAAGCGGACGAAGCAAGAGCAUCGGUUGCCCAACCACACCGUCGUCGCGCAGUUGCAAGCAAACCCAGUGCUACCCCUGCUGCAGCUUCUUUCCACGCCACCCCCUUGGUAGGAUCGUCGUUUGCGCCAUAUCUCUCUGCUCGGUUUGCGAAGUGUGGCCUUGGUGGAGACCUGCAACAGGCCACUACUCAAGCUCGUGAAAAAGUUGAUCUUGGUCCAGACCUCGCUGAAGACGAGCAAACAGUAUCGACAAGCAGCGAGAAGCCCAAGACGAAUGGCAUAUCAACAACCACCAUGGACAGAUCUAUGUGUAGGCCGGCACACCAAGGCUCGCAGGGUCACAAGGGCUGGUAUGCACCUAUCUCACGUCCCCGCCCUACGCCGAUCGUGGCCCGUCACGUUUCCGCAGACAUGAUGGACUCACCACCUACUCUGUCGCCCCACGCGGUGGACAGCAACCCGGGACUAGUAUCUGAUCAUGAAGACGACGAUGCGCCCUCGGACCUGGACGAUGUGCGUUCAGAGCGCCACGACUCCCCUGACGCAGUGAGCAGGCUUGGUGCUAUCAGGGAUCGAACGUGUGGAGAUGAGAUUGAUGUGGAUCUUGAAGUCGAUGUUGAGGAUGAGGCCAAUGGACACAGUGUGCUGAUCCGACCUCGAAGCCUGGGUCUGCAGAUGCGUUCGAGCGGUAGCCCCAGCAGGGCCAAGUAG